AUGCUGAACCUGGACAAAGAACUAGCGUUCGACGCUAUCAUGAAUUUUCGUAGAAUCCAACACUUCACGGACCUCUAUACUUUGGACGACGGGUUCUUUGUUGGACGCCUUAUGUUUGAAAUACGUGCAAAGUUCACUAGGAUGAUACGAUUGUAUAUGCUGUCUUAUAAUAACUUCGACGCAUAUGACCACAAUAAGCAUGUUUUGCACUUAAUGGAAAUUCAACAUCUGGCCAUGGAAAUUGACAAUCUGGUGGAAAUAAUAUUUGAUUACGCAUGGCCGAAAAAAAAGCGAAGGAAUCCCAUCGAAAAAUUCUUACCCCCCGGAAUGACAUUGCCGCCCGACGUCCAAUUACCUCCUGGGCUAGCUGGAGUACGCAGCGGCAGAGAGUCGAAAACUCCGAAGGUUCUAUUUGAAAGCAACCAUAAAAACCUCGACCAAGCCGUGGUCAUCCAAAAUAUCGGCGGGAAAUCCCUCGUCGAUUGGAGAAAUGCUGAAAACAACGGUGGGGAUUUCGAUUCUGACGUAAAUUGA